AUGUCAGGCCCGAGAGCAGUCUUUGAGACCUGCCUGGUUCACAGGACUACAGCACCCUCGGCCCAUCUCCAGAUGGUUGAGCUCUUUGACAGAAAGCAGCUCCACUCUGCAGCUGACUCCUCCACACACACAGAGAUGAACUUGGCUAAGGUCCACGACCGGCUGAACAUCAAGUCGUUUUGGGAGAAGAGGAUUGGCGGCGACACACAGCAUGCCCAGAGCGAGGAGCAGAGGAGGAGCAGGAGCGCACUCUGCAAGUUGAGAGGAGAAUGGUCGGUUCGAUUGGAGGCUCGAAACAAACACCUGAAAAUGCUGAAUGACAACUACACGAAGAAACCGGCGAAAACAGAACAAACGGUUUAA